CGAUCGAAGACCUGGCUCAGAAAUAUAAACACCUCAAAGGCCUUCCGAUUCAGUCAUAUUCCGGAAUAACGCCAAGAAUAUUGAUAGGAAUGAAUAAUUGUCGACUUGGACAUGUACUGGAUAGCAGAGAGGGCAGAGAAAAUGAGCCAAUAGCUGCUAAAACUAGACUGGGCUGGUUUCAUCGUUCGUACCAUAUUUGCGCAUGUAAUAAAGGUAAUGAUGAUGAUCUACCCUCAGCUGUUAAAGAAUAUUUUGCUUUGGACAGUAUGGGGAUCGUAUCACCUCGAAAGAUUCUGCAAUCAAAGGAAGACGAGCGUGCCCUACACCUUCUCGAAAAAUGCACCACACUUAAAAAUGGGAGAUAUGAGAGCGGAUUCCUAUGGAAGUAUAACGACGUCCGACUACCAAACUCUAGAGCGAUGGCACUCAUGAGAACCAAAUGUCUCGAAAAAAGAAUGGUUCGCGAUCCAGAUUUAGCUGAUGCGCUCAAGUCAAAAAUAUCAGAGUAUGAGCAAAAGGGCUAUAUACGAAAGUUAACGCUGGUGGAACGGAAAAUACCUCGUAGCCGAGUAUGGUAUCUACCGAUUUUUCCUGUCGUUAACCCAAAUAAACCAAACAAGAUCCGUAUUGUUUGGGAUGCGGCAGCAGAGGUUCGUGGAAUAUCGUUGAACUCCCAAUUGUUGAAAGGCCCUGACCUACUGAACUCGCUAGUCUCAGUGCUAUACAAGUUUCGAGAAUAUAAAAUCGCCGUUACGGGGGACAUAUGCGAAAUGUUUCAUCAAGUGAAGAUGAACGAAAACGAUCAACAUUGCCAGAGAUUUUUCUGGCCCGCUGAAGUCCCGGGAGAAGAACCGCUCGAAUAUGUUAUGACAGUGCUGAGUUUCGAUGCUACAUGCUCCCCAGCAACUACCGAAUACUGCAUGAAUCUAAACGCCCAGCGAUUCGUCAAUGAACUCCCAGAAGCGGUAGAAACCAUCACGAAGCAGCAUUAUGUUGAUGAUAUGUUGACAAGUGUGGAGCAAGCUGAACAGGCUGUAAAGUUGGCAAAAGACGUCCAUCACAUUCAUCUACAAGCAGGGUUCGAGAUAAGAAACUGGCACUCGAACUCCGACUAUGUAUUAAAACGACUGGACGCCGACCACACCGCUGCAAUAAGCCUCAACAUAAAUGCAGGGACAGCCAUUGAAAAAAUUCUUGGAAUGUGGUGGGAUACAAGGGCAGAUUGUUUCACCUUCAAGCUAUCACCACGCCAUGAUACUGGUCUGCUUUCGGGACAAACUGCUCCAACAAAACGUGAACUCCUUCGGACUCUAAUGACCAUAUUCGACCCACUGGGGUUAAUCGCCAAUUUUCUUAUGUAUCUUAAAGUGCUCUUACAAGAAGUGUGGCGGUCAGGAGUGGGCUGGGAUGAAAAAAUAACGGGAAAUCUCCUGGAUAAAUGGAAAAUAUGGCUACGAGUACUUCAAGAAGUGCAAUCGGUAUCUGUACCUAGGUGCUACCGGAAACGCACAUCAGCAUCCGAUGAAACUACUACAAUUGAACUCCACACCUUUGUGGAUGCGAACGAGAGCGGUUAUGCUGCAGUAUCAUACUUCAGGUUCGAGGAGGGCGAUGAUAUAGAGUGCGCAAUCGCGUCAGCCAAAACACGCGUAGCUCCACUCAAGUACGUGACUAUUCCACGACUCGAGCUACAGGCCGCAGUCCUAGGAACUCGACUCGCUAAGAACAUCGCUGAGCAACAUAACCGGCCGAUUGAAAAGCGCUACUUUUAUACGGACUCAAAAGAUGUCAUGCACUGGCUGAAUUCGGACCACCGUCGGUACAGUCAGUUUGUGGCUGCACGUGUUAGUGAAAUACUUGACUCUACUACAACAACCGAAUGGUACUGGAUUUCGACGAAGCUUAACGUCGCAGACGAAGGCACAAAGUGGCAAAAAUUGCCUGAUCUCUCACCAAACAGUCGCUGGUUCCGGAGUCCUGAGUUCAUGUGGACGAAAAAAGUAAAUUGGCCAACUAACUGUACUAGCUUCGGAUCGAUGGACGAAGAACUUCGUUCUAGUAUCCUACACCACAGCGUUUGCGCAUCGACCGUGGAGUGGAAACGAUUCUCGAACUGGAGCCGAUUAUUGCGCUCGAUGGCAUGGAUUCAACGAUAUCUAUCAAAUCUUCAGCGGAAAGUGAGGCAUGGUAGCCUCCAGUAUGGUGCUUUAUCCCGUGAUGAGCUGAAGCUGGCCGAAAUGUGCAUCUAUCGCUUGGCACAGAAAGAAAUGUUCCCGAAGGACUAUUGCCUAGCAGAAACAUCCUUUACAACAAGUGUGCGAAAACCUCUUGUCGAAAAAGGCCAGCUGUACAAAUUACAUCCUGUAAUGGACGAAUAUCAAGUUUUGCGUAUUCCUGGACGCAUAGACGAAUGCAAAUUUGCUAGUGAUUCUGUAAAACGGCCAAUAUUCUUACCCCGACAGCACUACAUAACUACACUCGUACUUCAUGAUCUGCAUAAGCGCUAUCAUCAUCAAAAUCAUCAAACCGUGCUAAACGAGCUGAAGCAAAAAUACCACAUUCCUCAAGUACGCACACAAUAUGAUCGCGUAAAACGGAACUGCCAGCUAUGUAAAAUACGCAAAGCAACGCCACAACCUCCAAUGAUGGGUAGCCUACCAGCAGCCAGAUUAGCAGCCUACGCACGACCGUUUUCGUACAUAGGCGUAGACUACUUUGGACCACAGCAAGUGUUAGUAGGUCGCCGUGUCGAAAAACGAUGGGGCGUGCUAAUAACGUGCCUCACCGUGCGCGCCAUCCACGUUGAAAUAGCACACACUCUCACGACGGACUCCUGUAUCAUGGCCAUCCGUAAUUUCAUGUGCAGAAGAGGAAUCCCACUUGAAAUUUAUAGCGACCGAGGAACCAAUUUCAUCGGUGCCGAUAGGGAGCUAAAAAAUGUGUUGGAAACUGUAGAUCAAGAUCAUAUGGUAAAAGUUUUUACAACAGGUUCAACACGCUGGAAUUUCAAUCCACCUGCCUCCCCCCAUAUGGGGGGGAGCUGGGAACGGCUGAUCCAAUCCGUGAAGAAAGGACUCAUGCAGAUCAAGCCACAAAGACUACCAACAGACGAGAUUUUUCGGAACAUGCUGAUGGAAAUUGAGAUGGUCGUGAACUCUAGACCCCUGACAUACGUAGCAGCCGACAAUGAAUCCUUAUCAGCACUAACGCCAAACCAUUUUCUCCUGGGAACAUCAAAUGGUGUCAAACCACUUGUGCUGUACGACGACAGCGCAGACACCUUACGCAAAACUUGGAAAAUGUCUCAAGUGUACGCUAACAUUUUUUGGAAACGUUGGCUAACGGAAUAUCUCCCCACCAUUACGCGCAGAACGAAGUGGUUCCAGCCAGUGAAGCCUAUCCAAACGGGUGAUAUCGUCGUUGUCGUGGAUCCUGCAUUACCGAGGAACUGCUGGCCGAAAGGUCGAGUGGUGUCUGUUUCCCACUCGAAGGAUGGACAAGUACGCAGAGCCGUAAUUCAAACAUCAGGGGGGAUGAUGGAGCGACCCGCAGUGAAGAUUGCCGUUCUGGACGUCGGAUCAACAUAGAGUAUGCUGAUUCUAUGGCUUCAGCAUACUGGGGGGGAGUGUUACGACAAAGCCCCCUCGUCCAUACAAAUCUUCUUUACCGGUACCUGGAGACCUGUCCGAUCGAACGUCAACUCAUUGACAGCGACAGAUGAAUAAGUCUAGUUAGGAAGCGGACUAUAUUCUCUCUAUACAAAAUUAAAGAUCUACAAAUUUAUUAUAUACAAUCGGUAAAUUACUUACUUAUCUUAAUGCUACAAGAAAUAUUUAACUUAAAUUUAAACUAUAGACUACAAGCGAAAUUUAAGCAGUAAAGGCAUUAUUUAUAAUUAUUUGGUGAAAAACUAAGGUGUGAAAGGUGGUCUACGCUUUCUGUGGGUAUAAUUUGAAUACGCAGUAGAUUCAACCGUAAAGAGGUAAUAUUAAAUUAAUUAACUGAUAUUCGGAAUAUUCAAUGAAAACCUAACCUAAAUUAUAGUUGCUACAAACGUGGAGCAAGAACCGAACCGAUAUCAAAAGAGGUUAAAAAGGCACUAAACGUAAGAAAUGUGACCAUUACUUUAAAUAUUCAAAUAACCUUAAACUAGGUUUCAGAAAUUUUAUAAUCCUAUUAAUAAUAAAGAUUGUCGAACUGGAAAAGCCGCGGUUCCUUGCAACAGCAAUAAUAUUUAUAGAUUUCAGCUUUUUAUGUAUGAUGAAAAAGACACUUUUUUGAACAAUUUAAGAAGUGUUACAUAUCAAACAUGUUAUCAGUAACAAGCGUUAAUCAUGUUUCUUUCUAUUUCUAGCAAUUUGUUGAGUAGGGAUCUAUUAACUAUUUGAAUGUAUACACGGUGUGCCUAAAACCGUUAUUAACACAAAAAAUGACCAUCAAUUCAGCAUACGGCAUUCGAAAGAUACAGUAUCCAAGCAUCUUCUCAGUGAAUUUCAAAAUGAUCCAUCGAGAGAUUCGAGAGAUAUGGCGAUUAGGGGGUGGGCAUAGCGUAGUUGGUAAAUCGACUGCCUUGUACGCAGUUCACCUGGGUUCGAGUCCCGACCACGCACAUAGGGUUAGAAAUUUUUCACGAGAAAUUUAUCUAACCCGAAGGGGCAAAUGAUCUUAAGGUUAAAUCUUCUAUAAUCGAAAUAAAAUAAAAGAUAUGGCGAUUUGAAGUUUUAUGACGCGCUUCAUAAGGAUACCAGCAAACACCCAAGGGUUUGGUCCUAUCUUCAUAAACAAAACAAUAUUUGUCUACUUAUUUGGUACUUGGCAUUCGAAAGAGAUAGUAUUCAAGUAUAUCCCCUGCAAGCUUGAAAAUAUUUCUUUGACGGAAUUGAAAGUUAUAACGAUUUGAAUGCGGUAUGCGGCCAGAGAUGGGUUUUCUACCAGAUUUCAAGCAUGAAUCCAUAUUUGUCCAUUGACUAUGUACACUCAGGUUUUUUUACGCGGGGGAUACGAGCUGCGUAAAUGAAAACCGCGUAAAUGAAAACCGCGUAAAUUUCAAAAUCCGCGUAAAUGAAAACCGCGUAAAUUUCAAAAUCCGCGUAAAUGAAAACCGCGUAAAUUUCAAAAUCCGCGUAAAUGAAAACCGCGUAAAUUUCAAAAUCCGCGUAAAUGAAAACCGCGUAAAUUUCAAAAUCCGCGUAAAUGAAGACCACUUAAAUUUAAGAAUCCGCGAUAAAGGGAACCUCAUUGAUGGAUACCGCGUAAAUUCCAAAAUCCGCGUAAAUGAAAACCGCGUAAAUUUCAAAAACCGCGUAAAUGAAAACCGCAUAAAUUUCAAAAACCGCGUAAAAAAAACCGCGUAAAAAAAACCGCGUAAAAAAUACCGCGCAAAAAAAAACCGCGUAAAAAAAACUUGAGUGCAUUUAGAUCGUUUAUACGUGUCACGGUUUUACCAUUAAAUUACAUAAAUCUAGAGCUUUUUUUCAUUACAUCAUAUCUAACAGAAACGUCAAACGGAGAAAAUCGCGUUCAAAAAUUUCCUUGCAACUUUUAAAUUUUUUUAACAAUUAAAGCACACAGAAGGCUAUUAAAUCUACUAUCACCUCGGCAUUUACUCAUUGCAGAAUCGUAUAAGCAUAUUACAUGUUUUUCGCGAAAAUAAUAGGGAGAUAAUUGAUAACUAUUAUUUUAUUACAUUUUGCCGAUCACUUUUGCUAUUAUGCUCUUUUACAUAUGCGGUCUUGGCAACACCGUUUGUAGAUGGUACAUUUUACUGUGACGUUUUGAGAGACGGGCUUGUAGUUGUGAUAUAUUUCAUGUGCUGUAUUGCAACCGAGAGUGUAGAUAUGAGGUUUGGCAUUGGCAAAACAUACUAACUACAGUCGACUUGGAGAAACAUUACAACGCAAAACAUCACAUCUACAAAAUAUUAGCAAAGCUUUGGUAUACUAUAUGUGACAUUUUAAAUUAAGAUUAAAUUAACAUAUAAAGAGUUAUCAUUUUUCUCUAUUAUUUGUGGACGAUAAAGAGUCAAUGCUUAGCUUUUAUUUGGCAUAAUAAACUCAGUUUGUUUACAUUUGUUAGUUAUUACGUUUUGAAUAAACGGUAUAGAAAUAUAAUGUACAAAAGGUGUUAUUUAUAUGCAGAACUGAAAAUAAAAAUGAAAAUAGGGUUGUCUAUCUAACGUAUUAGUUUAACGUGUAAAUUAAAAAAAAACGAAUAAAAGUUGGAAUAUUUACUUCAAAAGGCCAUAUCUCAGUGGUUUGUCCAAUGAUUUUAAUAUUUUUUCUUUAUUGAACCGGUAGACGUUUCAUCAAUAAUUUUUAAUAAGAGGAAUAUAAAAUAGACUUGCCUACCUCAAAUAAUAGACAACAUAAUUGAUCUCAACUAUAUGUCUUAUCAUUAUUUAGUGAAUAUUUUUAUAUUAAAAAUGACAACCUAUCCAUUUUUAUACUCUAAUUGAUUGCAAUUGCAGUAACUACGAAAUGUAAAUAUAUGAAAUGUUAAUACUAACACAGUCGUGAUUCGUUGGUUGGUCAAUUUUUAACAGGAGCCGCUUUUUAGUUGGACCUCCGCUAAUUGGUCCAUUGUCGAACUAAAAAGCAUCUGAAUGUCAAAUUUUCAUGUUAAAUUCAUUUCGACAAUAAAACAGAUAAUAGUUAAAUAUGUGAACAGAUGCAUUUGUACUGAUAACAUUCCCUUUGACCAGUUUUUGACAUCUGUCAACCCAACCAGCAAAUCACGAUUGUACGAAACUUUCAACAUAAACCAUAUUAUAACAUAAAUUGUUCUGAAUCAGCAAAUACUAUCAUAUUUUUGAAUAUAUCCAUUGAAUUUAUGAUUUUAUUUUUCCAUGAUUUGCAGUUUGUGUUCGUUGCAUUCAACUAAUGUAUAGAAAUUGAUAGGUGAUCAUUUUGAUUAUAAAGAUAUUCACUAAAUAAUGAUAAUACUUAUAGUUGAGAAUAAUUAUCUUGUUUAAUGUUUGAGGUAGGCAGCUCUAUUAUAUAUUUUACUUAUUGAUGAAACGUCCACCUGUUCAAUAAUGGAAAAAUAUUUAAAAUCGGCUAACAAACCACUGAGAUAUGGCCUUUUGAAGUAAACAUUCCAACUUUUAUUAAUUUUGUUAAUUUACACGUUAUAGUUAACGUUCGGUAGACAACGCUAUUUUCAUAUUUUUUCAGUGCAGCAUACAAAUUACACUUUUUUACAUUAUAUUUAUGUAAUUAAAUACAGUAAUGUUUCGACUAUAUCACGCUUAUAUGUCCAUAUAGGUAUGCAUGGAUCUGUGUAUUUACAUACACACCUAGAAAAAAUCGUGUAAAUUUACGUCUCCUGACCAUGACAUAUACGUGCAUCAAAAAUGACAUAGUUUUACGAUUGAUUUUAAUUUUACAUGUCGUUGAAUGUUGCGAGACACAUAAUUUUACUCCACAUAUGGCGUUUGUUUAAAAUGUUGAAGGAUGUAAUUUUACGGCACUGCGCAUGGAAAGUACAUCUUUCAUGUAAAAUUAAACAGAACACGGUUAUAUUUCGUCACUUCGUCAAUUACGGUUUGUUAGA